AUGCUGUAUUCGGUUUCACGCCUCGCGAGGAGGUUCUGUGCAACACUCGCAGCCGCCGCUCCGGCGGCGAUUGGCGGCGAGGCUGCUGCUGCUUCUGUUCCGAAGACGGCGAAAAAGCAUCACUCGGUUUACAAGAAACUCUCAAGCCUCGGCACGACGAGGGGAGAAAAAUUGGAAAAAACGCUGAAUCAAUUCGUCAAGGAAGGUACCGCCGUCGAAAAACACGAUCUUAUCCGAUACGCCAAGGACCUCCGCAAGCUUCGUCAACCUCAAAUCGCCCUCGAGGUCUUUGAGUGGAUGGAAAAAAAGGAGAUCGUUUUCUCUAGCAGUGAUCACGCAAUUCGAAUGGAUCUUAUCGCAAAGACUAAAGGCUUAGAGGCAGCUGAGAGCUACUUCAACAAUCUAGAUCCUUCCACCAAGAACCAAUCGAGCUACGGAUCGCUCUUGAACUGCUACUGCGUGGAACGUGAGGAAGAGAAGGCAAAGUCACAUUUCGAUCAAAUGGUUGAGCUCAAUCUCGUGACUAACUCUCUGCCGUUUAACAACCUGAUGGCCAUGUACUUGCGGCUAGGUCAACCAGAGAAGGUACCUGCUUUGGUUGUUGCAAUGAAAGAGAAAGAUAUCUCUCCUUGUGCUAUCACUUACUCCAUGUGGAUACAAAGCUGUGGGAAUCUGAAUGACUUAGAUGGUGUAGAGAAAGUUAUAGAGGAAAUGAAAGCAGACGAUGAAAGCCGUUCCUCAUGGGAUACGUUUGCUAAUCUUGCAGCGAUAUAUACUAAAGCUGGUCUCUACGGUAAAGCAGAAGCAGCGUUGAAAUCUAUGGAGGUGAAGUUGAAUCCUCGCGAGCGUGAUUCUUAUCAUUUCCUCAUUAGCUUGUAUGCUGGGAUUUCGAAUGCUUCUGAGGUUUAUCGAGUUUGGGAGUUACUAAAGAAGCGUCACCCUAAAGUCAACAAUUCGAGCUCUCUUGCAAUGAUCCAAGCGCUGAGUAGGCUCAAUGACGUUGAUGGAAUCAAGAAGGUGUUUACAGAGUGGGAAUCAACGUGCUGGACUUACGAUAUGAGGAUGGCUAAUGUGAUGAUCGUCAGUUACCUGAAGCAGAACAUGUACGAAGAAGCUGAGGCGGUUUUGAAUGGCGCCAUGAAAAAGUGUAAAGGUCAGUUCUCAAAGGCUAGGCAGAUUUUGAUGAUGCAUCUGUUGAAGAACGAUAAGGCGGAUCUGGCUCUGAAGCAUUUCGAAGCUGCUGUUACGGAUCUUGACAAGAAGUGGGCUUGGAGCUCAGAGUUGAUAUGUUCGUUCUUGUUCCACUUUGAGAAAUCCAAAGACGUUGAUGGAGCAGAAGGAUUCUGCAAAAACUUGACGAAAUGGAGUCCUCUAGAUUCUCAAACUUACACUCUUCUUCUAAAGACUUACGUAGCCGCAGAGAAAGCUUGUCCUGAUAUGCGAAAGAGGUUGGAAGAACACGGGAUCGAAGUAGACGAAGAGAAGGAAGGUUUGCUUAGCAAGAUUUGCCCUUGA